AUGCUAACAGCCGAGCUAAUAUAUACCCAUCAAAGUAGUGAUAUUGCUGACUAUCUCCCGAUAUAUGAAUCCCAAAAACUAUUAGUAGUAAAAAAGAAUGGCGAUGUGGAAGUAUUCUCAAGAAGCGCUGAUACUAUUAAACUUUAUCAAACUUAUCCUGGAUUACUUAAGGCAAAGGAUAACACAGGCUCUUGUAAAGAGCUAAUUUAUGCACACGCUAUUGGAACUAUUUUUGUGAGGUCUGACAAGUCAUUACAAUUAUUAAAUAGCUCCAAUUUACAUGAAUAUGACAAAAUUUCGGAGAGAAGGGGAAUAUCUAGAUGUUGGAUUGUCGACGACCGAACAAAAUCGCUAGAUACCAAUGAAUCUGAACUGAGUAAAUCUGAUAGCACCAUUCUAGUAUAUACCACCCAUACUCCAAGAGUUUUAAGAUUAUUUGAAUGGAGAAAGAGAAGCUUCCAAAACGUUUACGAAGUUCCUCUAAACCUCGACAAGACAGAGAUAAUUUGCGAUGUCAGUACUAUCAAAGAUGAUUUGGUUGUCACAACGAAUAAAGCCACCUAUUUAUGGAACUACAAAACGGCGAAGCCAGUUAUGAAUAAAAUCACAAAAAUGGUUAAAAAAAGGACACCUGACAAUAUUAUUACCGCACUAACUGAACUGGAAAGACAGUCACUUCAUUUCGAUGAUGCAUCUGAUUACUCAAUUGAUAUGCAAUCUUCAAUAUUCUCAGGCACUUCAGUUUCUGAAAAGAAGUCAAGAAGUAACAUCUGGUCGAAAUUCAAGGGUAUACAACGUGCCAAUUUGCAAAAUGACUAUCUUGAUAAAGUUCUUUAUUCUGCGGGGAAAAGUGGUGGUAUCACAAUAAUGGACAUGAAAAAUCACUCUAUUGUACAAUUGAAAACCUCCGAAAGCAACGAGCCCUUCUUAUUAAUUAAUAAAACGUCAGAAAAUUUCAGGUGGCACAAUGGAGUGAGAGAUGUACACUAUCUGAGUAGUAUUGAUUCCUUGAUACAGAUUUAUGAUACUUAUCUAUUAAUAACAGACUGUGAGUACGGUGUUCCCUUCUUACAAAUUGAUGUUCAGGAAGGAAUAAAAGACUUCAAACAAAUUAACGGCCAAUUUUUACUUAUUCAUACAAGAAAUGAUUGUUUCAAGUCUUUUAAGUUAAAACUUCGAGACCUUGAAGAUGAUAGCAAUUCGGAUGAAAUGUCCUUAACCACCUCUGUUAAGGAUCAUUCAUCUUUCGAGAAACUGUGGAAAGAGGUCCUUAUUUACACAAAACUUGUGGAGUCGACAUCUUUACCACAGUUUUGCAACAAUAAUGAUGAAGAUGAACAAACAAGGUUACUUGUCUCAAGACUUCGAGAUGUAACCGUUUUAUUUAAUUUACAACUGUUGGACAAGUUUUUUUCAAUCUUUAACAGGAUUAAUAACAACAAUAAUUUGACUUAUAUGGAUCCACAUUUACCAGAAAUAAUAAUAUCUGAGAUCUUCGGAAGCUUGAGUAAUUUUUGGGCUCCUCCGCAAUUAGUAAUUUCUCGAAGUUUACCCAAAUCAAUUGCAAAGCUGGUAGGUGCUCUAACCGGAGAGUACCAUGAUUUUUCGACAUUAUCCAAAGGGGAUGAUACUGGAAUACAAUAUGAGCUAAUUGCCCCAAACCUGAUUUCUUAUCUUAUAGACGUGAGGAGAUACAUUCGUCGACUCGUAUCGCAACCAAAUGAGCUACUUCAGUAUACCUCAUUUACACAAACUUUACUGGUAGAUAUUAAUUUCUUCUUAAUAGAUGACCAUGAGGAUACUAGUGCCAAAUCUCUAUUAUCAUUGAUAGAUACUGUGCUAUUCAAAGUAUAUCUAAACUACAAACCCGCACUGUUGGCGCCAUUUUUAAGAAUUCCAAAUGAUUGCAAUUAUGAAAUUGUAGUCAAUGAUUUAAAAAUAGCUGGACUAACCCAAGAGCUGGUAGAUUUUUACUUUCAAAGAGGAAAACAUGAGUUUGCUUUAAAUUUGAUUACUGAGCUUAUUGAUGAUAGUACCAAGAGUGAUGGAUACCAAGCCAAAGAACAAGCAAUAACCGUUCUAGUAAUACAAUAUUUACAAAAGCUAUCCAAUGAUGAUCUUGAGGUGGUUUUUUCCUAUACUGAUUGGCUGUUGCGAAAAUUUCCAAAAUCAAAAGUUCAAAUUAUAACACCAAUUUUCAUGACGGAAACAAUGAAUUCCAGAAGCUAUGAGUACCAACGCGUAUACAAUUUUAUAAAAAGGUCCGACAGUACAUUGUCUUUGCAAUAUCUGGAAUAUAUUAUCGGUGUCUAUGAUGCUAGGCAAGAAUUUAUUGAAGUUGAACUAAUAUCUAGAUAUGUUGAGAAUUUAUCAAAUCAAGACGCCAAAUCAAAAUUAGCAUCACUAAUCAAACUAAUAAAAGAUGAUUAUCCAGCUAAAUGCCUAGAAACUCUUCAGGAGAGGCUUCCAGGCUUGCCACAAUCCGAUAAGAAGUUUGUUAUGUUUCUACAAACCUUCUUUUUAUUUCAUCUAAAUCGUCAUGUUGACUCUUUAAACAUUUUAUUUGAUCAAUUACAUGACCUUCAAAAGACUAUCUCAUAUUGUAACAGUGUUUAUGAGGUGAAUGAUCAAAUCGGUUCUGAAUGUUUUCUGACUCUGUUCGAAAAAAUACUGCAAAGCGGUGAUUAUAGCGAAAUGCAUUUACAAUCAUUUUUAGAAGAUAAUUUCCUCAAAAUGGACCCAUUGCAACUUUUGCAGAAAAUUCCAACUUCUAUUCCUCUCUCAAAAUUGACAUUCCUAUUAUCUCAAAUAAUGAAGAUGAGCACUUUUCAUGUAGAAGAUUCUUUCAUCGAAAAGGACCUAGUAAAGACAAACAUUAUCAAAACAACCAGUAUAUUAAACGAGGAGAAAUCAAAGUAUACCACUGUAUCCGAGGCAAUGUUGUGCAGUCUUUGUAAAAGAAAACUUGUUAACAAUUCCAAUGAAAAACUGACAUGGUAUAAAGAUAGAGAACAUGACAAAUUGAUGCAUUUGUCUUGUCGAAGAAUAUUUCUUGAAAAACAAAGGACAGAUAAAACAAAAAACGCAAUGAAAACUUUGGCAGAUUUAACAUAA